GUGGGGAGGAAGAGGACCUGGUUUCCGUUGCGUGACAACCAUGGAAACACCCCACGACAAAGCUAUAAAGUCACGCCAGCUCUCCGCCCUGAUGGCCGAAUCCCCCGACCCGCCGCCGCCGCGAUCCCGACGGCCGCAGUCGCCGGAGCUUACGGGGCAGCCGCGGAAGCCGGCCGACGACGCUGAGGAGAUGGUGUUGGCGAGGCGGCCCCUCAGAGAUUCGCCCCCCGCUCCGUCUUGGUUCACGCCGAAACGGUUGCUUAUCAUCUUUUGUGUGAUUAACAUGUUAAAUUACGUGGAUCGAGGAGUGAUAGCCAGUAAUGGUGUGAAUGGUAGUCGGAGGACUUGCACAAAGGAUGGAAAAUGCACUUCAGGCAGAGGAAUCCAGGGGGACUUUGACUUGAAUAAUUUUCAGGAUGGUAUCUUGUCAUCUGCAUUUAUGGUUGGACUUCUCGUUGCUUCCCCUAUAUUUGCUUCAUUAGCAAAGAGUAUCAAUCCGUUUAGGCUCAUCGGGGUUGGACUAUCUGUUUGGACACUGGCUGCAGCUGGGUGUGCUAGUUCAUUUAGCUUCUGGUUUAUUGCGAUAUGCCGGAUGCUGGUUGGAGUUGGGGAGGCUUCUUUCAUAAGUCUUGCAGCGCCUUUUAUAGAUGACAAUGCUCCCGUUGCUCAGAAAACAGCAUGGCUUGCAAUGUUUUACAUGUGUAUACCGACUGGAGUAGCUUUGGGCUACGUCUACGGAGGAUUCGUCGGAGAUCAUUUCAAUUGGCGGUAUGCAUUUUGGGGCGAGGCUGUGUUGAUGUUUCCAUUUGCUGUUUUGGGAUUUGUAAUGAAGCCUCUGCAGCUAAGAGGUUUUGCUCCUGUUGAGUCAAAAAAGUCAAUGGCAUCCAUUGAAACAGUUGCGAUUGCGAGUGAAGAUGCAUCAAGUAUUAUUAAUCCCUCUAAACUGGUUGGAGAUGAAGAUACUGGCAGUGAACCUUAUCCUGAGCCAGCCAAGGGCUGUUUGUCCACAGUCUGGAAUGAAGUAGCAAGAUUUUCAAAAGAUAUGAAAGCACUUCUGGUUGAUCAAGUUUUUGUUGUGAAUGUUUUGGGUUAUAUUGCCUACAACUUCGUCAUUGGAGCAUACUCAUAUUGGGGACCGAAGGCUGGUUAUAACAUCUAUCAUAUGAGUAGUGCAGAUAUGAUGUUUGGUGGAAUUACCAUCAUCUGUGGGAUUUUUGGAACAUUAGCUGGCGGAUUUAUCCUUGAUCGCAUGAACGCGACCAUCCAUAAUGCUUUUAAGCUUCUUUGUGGAGCAACCUUUCUAGGUGCUGUUUUCUGCUUCACUGCCUUCUGUCUGAGGAGCUUGUAUGGUUUCAUAGCUCUUUUUGCACUAGGAGAGCUACUUGUUUUUGCUACACAGGCUCCGGUUAAUUAUGUCUGUCUCCAUUGUGUCACGCCAAGUCUAAGACCAUUAUCAAUGGCUAUUUCAACUGUCGCUAUUCACAUCUUUGGUGAUGUGCCAUCGUCACCACUUGUUGGGGUUUUCCAGGAUCAUGUCAAUAAUUGGAGGGAGACAGCACUAGUUCUGACAUCGAUUUUGUUUCUUGCUGCUGGAAUUUGGUUUAUAGGGAUCUUUCUUAAAAGUGUGGAUCGGUUUAACGAGGAUAGUGUAACUCAAGCACCCACAACUGAGAAAGCCAACUUGAAACCAUUGCUUGACGGGAACAGAAAUGCUGUUCCAGAGAGCGUAAAUGAAGUAUGACGCAUCGACCAAAACACUCUGGCAUGUGCUCGUGUCUUUUCCCUUCGUGACCUACGUGCAGCAAGGCAUGCUAGGAUCUCGUAUUCAUUGGGAGACUCUGUGAUUAGAUUGUACAUAUAAGGGCUUUGGGGGGCGGUUCAUGCUAGAGCUUGAUGCACAACACACGGUCGUCGACAUUGAAGAUGAUGUAGAUAAAAGAUUUGUCUGCAAUGGUGAAGCCAUGCUAAGGUCUAAAUUUUAUGGAUUUGAGUCUUUUGAUUUGUUUUGCAAGUUCUUGGACAGGUUUUGUUCAUUAAAUAAAACGACAGAAGAAAUCUCAAGCUUUUUUGGAGUACAUAUUUUCUGAUAUGUUGCUUUCCUUUCCAAGGGAUUUGUAAAUAAUCUAAUGCUUCAGCUUGUAAUAUUCUUUGAAAUUCGUUUGGGC